AUGAAUAUCAAAGAGUUAUUAUACAAUGAAUUAAUAAUAAUAAAAAUAACGGAAUUUCUAACCAUACUUGAAAUUCAGAAUAUGAUUAUAUCCUUAAGAAUUAAUGUAAAGACAAAUAUAUAUUUUUUGAGAGAAUGUUUAUCUUUAAUGCAUUUAGAUACAUAUGGAUAUGAUUAUAAUGUAAGUAAUAAAAAAUCUCCAAAUAAAAAUAUAAAUAUAUCAAGAACAGAACCGUUAUUAUUAUCAUCGAGUGUUAAUCUUACUACAGAUAUUGAUGAUUAUAUUCAUAAUGCAACAUCAUAUGUAGAAGAUCAGUCAUUCUUACAACAAGAAGGUUUUAAUUUAAUUACGUAUGACGAUGAGUAUGAUGAGUAUAUAUUUAAUGACUACAACGGAGAUAACAAUAAUAAUGAUAUUAAUAAUAAUUAUAGUGUGGAUAAUAUGCAUAAUGUUGAUAGUAUGAAUAGUUUAUAUAAUUAUAAUAACCAUGAUAUAUAUAAUAAUACCAAUUAUUAUAAUGAACAUAUUGAUGAACAAAAUGAUGAACAUAUUGAUGAAAAUUUUAACUAUAACACAAAAUAUUCUCUUUAUGAAAAUACCUUUAAUGAUAUGACACAUUUAAUAACAACACAUAGAGAUAAUAAUAUAAACUAUUAUAAUACAAAUAAAACUAAUUUUGGUGCUUUGUAUGAAAUUAAAAAAUAUUUAAAUUUUUUUGAACAAGAAAAAGAAGGACAUGUAAAAAAAUCUUUUAAUAAUGUAUGGAUGUAUAUACACUUAAAAAAUGAACUUAUAGAUAUAAAAAAAAAUUUAGAAACAUAUUUUAUGAGAAUUAAAACAAAUACUCCAAUUAAUAGAAAUAAAAAAAUACGUAUAGAUAUAUUUCAAUUAUUUAAAUAUAAUCAUACUUAUUAUUCUUAUUAUGAUAUGCCAUGGGUAUCUAUUUAUUAUGAUUUUUUCUUAAAUUCAAUAUGUACAUUAUGUAAUAUAAAAUUAGAUCAUACAUCCAUCUGUCUUUUCUCAGAAAAAUUUAACUUAAUACAAACAAAUGACAAGUUGUUAAAUUAUAUUAAUAGUAUGUCUGAUGAUAUAACAAGUAGUAUACAUAAUGAGAAGAAGCGAGAUCAUGAAAAGGUUGACAUGGUAUAUGAGGAGGAUAUUGAAAGGAAAAAGAAAAAAAAAACAGACACAAUAAAAUAUCAUAAUAAUAAUAAUAAAAGUGAUAGUGAUAUUAAUGUGGACAAUAAUAAUUUUUAUAAUAAUGAUAAUAUAUAUAAUCAUCAACAUGAUUAUAAUAUGGAUGAAAACAUUGCUGAAAUUAAAUUGAAUGAAGAUAUUUUUAGUUGUCAAAAUAAAAGUAAUACUUAUGAUGAAGAAUUUAUAUUUAUAAGAAGAACUCAUAUUUUUUGUGAAGAAUGUACAAAAAUAAUUGAUUAUAAAAUGAAUAUAAAUUCUUUAUUAGAAUCAAUAAAGAAAGAUUAUGAAUUAUUAAAAAGUAUACGAAUAGUUAAUAAAAUUAUUGAUAUCCCCUCUGAUUUAUUUUGUUUUUGUAAUUAUUUCUUUUUUAAAGAAAAAUAUAUUACUUUCUUUAAAAAUGUUAGUAAUGAACUACAAAAUUUGAGGAAAGCUUUAAAAAAGAAAUUAACAAAUAAUUUUAUACUAAAUUUCAGUAUUAAUUUUUAUAAAUUUGUAAUCAGCUCUUUAAUAUUAUGUGAUGAAAAAAAAUUAUUCAGUCAAGAAAAUAUUUUCUUAUUUGGAUUUUAUAUCAAAUAUAGAAAUAUACUCAAAUUAUUUAGUAGUCCUAGAUGUACACAUAUUUAUUUUUCUUUUAAUAUCAUAUAUCAAAAAAUUGUAAAAUUUCAAAGCUUUUUUAAACAUAAACAUUUCUCAAAGCUAUCCAAAGUUUUACAUUUUGAUGUUAUUACAAUACUAGAAAAAUUAAAACAUUCAAAAACCAAAAUGUUAUAUAAAAAUAUUGCAGUCUAUUUAUAUCAACAUUUAAAUCAUAAAAUACUUUGUAAGUGUAACUAUGAUCAAGCAUAUACCUAUUUUUUUCAGUGUCUUCAAAGGUAUCAUUUUUCAUAG